CCGACUUAGAGCAAUUUUGAGGAGUGCUUCACAAUACAAAAACAUAAAUAUUAUUUUCUACCAUGACGAACAAUUGGAAAAAAUAUAUUUUGUGGUUUGCCCAAGAACAUUUAGAUUUUCGCUUUGCUGAAUUCGACUCAAUCCUUAAGCUCUUCGGACUGAAGCAUCGAAUAUCAGACACUAAUUUACUGAAACCUUUUUGGAUCGUCGAGUUUCCUAAUGACGAAGCUGCUUUAAAGUUUGCAUCCCGUUGUGUCAGCCUACGAAGUGUAUAUGAAUUAUGGUCUUAUUCGAACAACCUGGAGGGUUUUCACGAAAAGUUGCAAAAUUUCGUUAGAAAUAAUAAACAACUCAUUGAGCCUUACUGCAAAUGUACGUUUAAAAUUGCUGUCGAAACCUAUAAUAAACAUAUUUCGCAGAAGGAAAAGGUUGAAAAAAUAGAGACAUUAGAGUACCUGCCGUUUCAAGGUGAAGUAGAUCUGAAAACACCUCAAGAGGAAUGGUGUUAUAUCGAGUUCUACGGUCUUGACCCAACGCAAGUUCCACUUGAACCCGAUGAAGUGCUUUUCGGACGUUUGAUUGCUAAUGGGCAACGUGAUCUCAUUAAGUUGCUAUCAUUGAAAAAACGGAAGUUUAUCGGAAAUACCAGUAUGGAUGCCCAACUAAGCCUGCUAAUGGCAAAUCAAGCACUGGUUAAAGAGGGCGAUUUAAUUUUUGAUCCCUUUGUAGGUACGGGAUCCUUGCUGGUGAGUGCCGCAAAAUUUGGUGGUUAUGUACUUGGUGCUGACAUUGAUUUUAUGAUGCUCCAUGGACGUUCACGCCCAAGCCGUAUAACACAAAAAAUGCGUGAAAAAGAUGAGGGAGUACGUUCCAAUUUGGAACAAUAUGGAUGUGGUGACCGGUACAUAGACGUUGUUGUAUCAGAUUUUUCCAAAACUCUUUGGCGCGAGGAGCUCAAAUUCGAUGCAAUAAUUACAGAUCCACCAUAUGGCAUUCGUGAAGCUACUGAAAAGGUAGAGACGAAAAAGGCAUUAAAGCAAAACACACGCACCAAGGACAUGCCUCAUUAUCCGUCAACCUCACAUUAUGCGUUACAACAUCUUUAUGUUGAUCUCCUUAAUUUUUCGGCACAGCAUUUGAAAGUGGGCGGCCGUUUAGUGUGUUGGCUGCCGUAUCAUCGUGAAGACUACUGCAAUGGCAUGAUUCCGCAACACAGUAGUCUAAUCUUGGUAGCUAAUUCGGAUCAACCACUUUCAGGACUUACUUCACGUAGGUUGCUAACUUAUGAAAAACUUGAUGUGGCUCAUACACAAGAUGCUGGGCAGCUUGCAUGCACAUUCUCAAACUCGCUAGAUUUUCGGGACCGUUAUUUUAAUAAUGCCGUGGAAUCCCGCUCCGAGAGACGUAUUCGUAAAGCUGAACAACGCGAACUUGGACGAAUUGAGGCGCUUAAAAGAGGAAAAGUUAUUGUUGAUAGCAAAGAGUUAAAAAAUAGUUUAAAUAAAUCACGAUUUAGUUAAUAACUAAAUUUUAAUAAGAAAGUAGGAAUAAAUAGAGAUACUAGAAUAUUCAAUCAGACAUCAUAUGAGUAAGUUAAUUUGUGGGAUCUGUUUAGUGAUCUUAUAACACAUUUCUUUAAUUUAUUUUUUGAUAUUUGGUACACAAUUGCUUUAUUAUAUGAACGAAUACGUACACUAUUAUAAACCUUACUCUUAUCUAGAACACAAUUAAUUCAAGUCUCAUCAAGCACUUUGCAUUCAAAGUGUUCCAUAAAACAUUGAACAAACAUAUUCGCAGUUUCUUCUACAGAAACGUUUCUCUUCAGUUCCUGACUCAGUGAAGUUACUCCUUUUCCCUCAAUACCGCAUGGGACAAUAUGCUCGAACCAGCGUAGAUCUGUGCAGCAAUUAAGACCAAUACCGUGUGUGGUGACAUACCGAGAGCCAUGCACACCUAUAGCACAAAUUUUGUUAUUUCCUACCCAUAUGCCAGUGUCUGAUGUAGUUGUUGCCUGCAGAACACCCAUCUUUCGACAAGUUGCAAUAACAGUCUCCUCCAAUGUUGCAACAUACCAGCGCAUCUUAGGCUGGAAUUGACGCAAAUGUAUUACAGGAUAUGCAACCAAUUGACCCGGUCCAUGAAAAGUGAUCAGUCCGCCACGAUUCGUCCGAAAAAAUUCAGCACCCAGUUUACGUAAACGUCGUUCAUCGUCUUCGGAGUAAUUCUUGGUACGAAUGCCUAUGGUAUACACUGGGUUAUGUUGCUGCAGUAUAAGGUAAUUGCGAAAGUUGGCCCAAUCUUCGGCAUUCUGUGCACUCAAUUGUUUUUGUAGAUUUAAGCCCGAUAAGUAUUUGUGCUGACCAGCGCGUACUACAGUAACGACAGGUAUAAUCUUUUUCAUCACUGACCGUGUUAAAAGCGUCUACUACUACAUUUUGUCAACUUGUAGUUGUGCUAAAAACGAAUUUAUAUAAGC